AUGUCCCACGGCCCAUCCACCCUCACCGUCUCCGUCUCGGAGGCCCAGCGACUCGAGUCGGAGACCCGGACGCGCCUGCUCAAGGCCCAGAAACUCUCGCUGAUCGUCGAUCUCGACCAGACCAUCGUCCAUGCCACCGUCGACCCCACCGUCGGCGAGUGGAUGGCCGACCCCUCCAACCCGAACUGGCCCGCGCUCCAGGGCGUCAGCAGGUUCCAGCUCAACGAUCCGCCCAGCCUGUCCAACGAGGGCUGCUACUACUACCUCAAACAACGUCCUGGUUUGGCAGACUUCCUACAUUCCCUGGCGGAUAAGUAUGAGAUGCACGUCUAUACCAUGGGGACCAGGGCAUAUGCGGAUGCUGUCUGUAAGAUUAUUGAUCCGACAGGCGAGAUCUUCAGCGACCGGAUCCUCAGUCGGGACGAAAGCGGCAGUAUGACGCAGAAAUCGAUCACCAGACUCUUUCCUGUCGACACCAGCAUGGUCGUCAUCAUCGACGACCGGGGCGACGUGUGGGAAUACAGCCCCAACCUGGUCUCCGUUCUUCCCUACAAUUUCUUUGUGGGCAUCGGGGACAUCAACGGCGCCUUCCUGCCCCCCGCCCGGCCCCUCGAGCCUCCUCCCCCGACCCAGCCCGAAGCCGCGGCGCCAGCAUCUGCGCCGAAGGACCCGAUAGCCGUGCUGCCGGUGAUGACGGUGACGGACGACGCGGGGGCCACGAGUGCGUUAGCGAAGGGCGAGCAGCCCGGCGGGGCCUCGGAAGGCGCCGCGGGUGGCGCAGGCCCGACGAGGGAGACGAUCGCGGCUGUCCACGCCGGCGAGACCUCUGCAGCGCCCCCGCCAUCCACCGUGCAAGCCCCGGACACCGCGAGCGCGCCGCUGCCGGCGGAGACGACGACCUCCGAAGAGCUGGCCAAGUCCGCCCGCUCCAAGCUCAUCGCCGACCAGGUCUUGAGCCGGCCGCUCAAGCAGAAACAGAUCGCGUUGACCCAGCACGAGCAGGCCAAGCGCAAGGCCGGCGCGGCCCAUCGCCGGCGGAGCCAGCCGAGCAGCGUCGCCACCCGCGGCUCCCAGACCGGCGCCGAGUCCACCACGUCUUCCAGGGCCGUCACUCCUGUCCCCCCGAUCCUCCCUUCCUCCUCCCCAUCAUCAUCGUCGUCGUCGUCUGCCGCCUCCUCGUCGGCCGUCUGUCCCCCAGAGGACGCCGCGCCCCCCCACCUGACCUCUUCCCCUGACCCCGGCCCCCCCUCCUCCCUCCCCCUCAAACCCGCCGCCCUCGACUCAGACUCCGCCGACGACUCCGACACUAAUACCGACCUCAGCUUGGACGAGUUCGACGACAAUCAGCUGCUCCGCGGCCCCGAACGCCCCGUGCUCGUCGACCACGAUACCGAACUCAGCAGGCUCCAGACCAUCCUGGGCGAUAUCCAUAGCGGGUUUUAUUCCCAAGACUCGAUCGAAGAGGCUGAUGCUAGAAUGGUCAUCUCGGCCAUCAAGCACGACGUCUUGCACGGUACCCAUCUCGCUUUCUCGAGUCUUUGGCCCAUGGAAGCCGUCUCCCAACAACAAUAUGCCUGGAAAUUGGCCGAGCAGUUCGGCGCUUGCUGUUACACCCAUCUGUCGCCCAAAGUCACCCAUUUAGUUGCCGCCAAACUGGGUACCUCGAAAGUUAACCAAGCAUUAAGCCGACCGAACGUGGCGAUAGUGGGGCCGAAAUGGCUAUACGACGCGGCACUACUAUGGACGCGGCCAGCGGAGGCGAGGUAUACGUGGCGCGUGGGGCCGCAUGCGGCUUCAUCGGAGCCGUCAGAACCGGGCGCAGGAGGAGGAGGAGGGGGAGGAGAGGGCGAGGGGGAGGAAGAGGGCGAGGGGGGGAUACAGGAGGAGUGGGGAAUGGGGGCGGCGGACUGGCAAGAAGCGACGGCGGAAGUGAUGGCAGCCCUGGAUGAGUCAGACGACGACGAAGACAGCCUCGACGACCGCUCCUCGGCCUCCUCCGAUCUCCAUCGCCCGCCCCGCAAACGCUCGCGCACGCCCUCGAACCGCGACCCCUCCAGACCGCCAUCGCGGCCCUCCGACGACCCCCUCCUGCGGACGCAUGGGCAGCCCGACGCCCCCGCCGCCGACUCUCCGCUCUCCAAGCGCAAACGCAUCGCGCGCUCCAGAUCCUCCAAACUCAAGCUCGUCGUCCCCCUCAUCGACAACCCCUCCGACCCGCCCGAACAGUCUGUCCUCAACCCCGCGUCGGCUGGCUCCUGCGACCAGCCCCGCCAGGCUAACAGCCCCGACGGGCUGCUCGUCAAGCCCCUCGACCUCUCCUCCGUCGACCAACUCAGCCCCGAAGACGACGAGUUCUUGUCCGCCUUGGCGGCCGAAAUGGAAGGCAACAUGAACUCUUAA